AUGUGGGCAGAAUCACAAACCAAAGAUCCUCCAAAUACAGGAUCAUUACAAAAUGUGGAUCAUCUUAUCAUAGGUGAUAAAAGUAGAUGUUAUAUCGAUGGAGCUUGGAGGGCACAAGAUUUGUGCACAGGACAAGGAUGGUUUUAUGAAGCAGGUGGAUCUACUGAUACUAUGAUGGGUGCCAUGUCUAUUCGCAAAAGUCUAUCACCUUUACAUGCAGAAUGUGAAGCUUUGAUAUGGGCGAUGGAGUGCAUGAAGAUCCUACGAAUCUCAGAAGUGGUGUUUGCAACUGAAUGCUCUCAACUGGUGAAGAUGGUGUCUACACCAACAGAAUGGCCAUCGUUCACUACACACAUGGAGGAGUUUCUACGAUGUAAGGAAUUUUUUCAUCCUUUCACUAUUCAGCAUAUUCCGAGGGCACAAAAUACAUUGGCGGACAAGCUGGUACGAGGUGCUAGAAAUCAGCCUGCUGCUAUGGUUUAUGUUGAUUCGAUUCCUCCAAGGUGGCUCUUGGAUCAUGAAUCUACUUAG